UGUAAAUUUACGCGGAAGAGAAGUUUUGAGAGAGAGCUGGACACAGAGGGAACUGCGGAGAUCUUAUUGAGGGAAUGCCGAAAAGGGGGGAAGACAUACGGCCAGAGCACCAGACAUGAGUCCGAGGUGGUGGACUGAAGACAAUGCUGGAUGCCAUGGAAGUUCCAAGUCAUGCUAGGGAUCUCCUCUUGCAGCUCAACAGCCAGCGUACCAAGGGCUUCCUGUGCGAUGUUAUCAUUGUGGUGCAGAACGCCCUCUUCAGAGCUCACAAGAACAUUCUGGCUGCCAGCAGCCUCUACUUGAAGUCUUUGGUGGUCCAUGACAAUCUCAUCAACCUUGACCACGAGAUGGUGAGUCCAGGGGUCUUCAGGGUUAUUCUGGACUACAUCUACACAGGCUGCCUUAGUGAGGGAGACCCCACUUCUCCAAAUGAACCAAAUCUAGGGGCUGUCUUGGCAGCAGCCAGCUACCUUCAACUACUUGACUUAGUGGCUUUGUGCAAAAAGAAGCUGAGAAGAAAUGGCAAGUACCCUCCCCGCCCAGGUCCAGCAUUUCUGCCCUACUCAAAGAUGGGUUUAGGGGGUGGCGGCAGAUAUAGGGUUUCUACUCCUGUCAUUCAACCCUGUCCUCCAGGCGGAAUUUUGAACAACCGUGCAUCCCGGGCACCAGAGGAGCUAGUUCCCCAUCGACUAGCCGUUCAUACUGGGGAGUUGUAUGCUCCCACCUCCACCCAGGGCUCUCAGGUGUUCCCCUCUCUGCAGUCACCUUUGCCUUCCCAGCUUGGGCGCUUAGCCCUUCCUGAGAGGAAUUGUUCACCCAGCUUUGGCCUUGAUCUCUCUAAGAAAAGCCCCACCUCUCAGUCUCAGCACACACCUUCUCAAACCCAUCUGGCAAAUCCUCAUAAUGACGAGGAGCGAGAUGUGACUCUGAGUGACCACAGUAGUCCUAUGCAGGGGACGAACGGGAGAGUUUUCCCUUCAGAAAAAAUGGAAUCAACCGACCAGGGAGGCUCCCUCACUCCACCACCUUUCCCACCCCUCAACCAACCUAUAGCUCCACACUUCCCCCACCUGCACCGCUCAGGUUCCCAGGGGACAGACCGAUACCCAUGCCCCCCCAGCCCUGACACCCCUACAGAAGGCGGAGAGGCAGGCAGAGAAAUGGGCAACAUCUACCGCUGGGUAAAACCUGAACCACUGCCAUACCCAGCUGAAGAUGAAGAUGAGGAUGAGGAUGAAGAGGAAGGGGGUGAAAAUGGAGAGCAGCAUCAUAACCAUCACAAGGCUGGGGAGGAGAGUGAGGGCGCAGAUGACAAGAGUGGGUCAGGCACAGAGGAGACAGGCAGUAGCGAGGGUCGCCCAUCCCCUCCUGGACCAAUGGGGAGGUUCCACAUGCCCUACGAGCCGGAGAGCUUCGGGGACAAUCUCUAUGUGUGCAUUCCAUGUGACAAAGGCUUCCCAAGCUCAGAGCAACUCAAUGCACACGUGGAGACACACACAGAAGAGGAGCUGUACGGCAACUCAGGUGGGGAGAUGGGAAACGGCAAUAACAGCAGCACCAAAAACAUGAGCAGUAAUACAAAUGGGUAUGGAAGCCUCAGCAGCAGCAACACUCUGAAUAGUUUGUCCCACCUGGAGACCAAGUCCAGCCAGCUGAAUCCAGCGAGCAUCGGGGAGAUGAUCCGACCCUACCGCUGUUCCACCUGUGAUAAGUCUUACAAAGAUCCAGCCACUUUGCGUCAACAUGAGAAGACCCAUUGGCUGACACGGCCUUACCCCUGCAGUAUUUGUGGCAAGAAGUUUACACAGCGUGGUACCAUGACGCGCCACAUGCGUAGCCACCUGGGCCUUAAACCUUUUGCCUGUGACUCCUGUGGCAUGCGCUUCACCCGGCAAUACCGCCUCACUGAGCAUAUGCGCAUCCACUCCGGCGAGAAGCCCUAUGAAUGUCAGGUGUGUGGGGGAAAGUUCGCUCAGCAGCGCAAUCUUAUCAGCCACAUGAAGAUGCACAGCAGUGGAGGGACCGCAGGGAGCCUGACCACAGAUGGGAAACUGAAGCUGGACUUUGCAGAGGGCAUUUAUCCUCUGAGUAAAUACACAGCAGAGCAUCUUGGACUGAAACAAGAGAAGGCCAGUGAGCUUCUCAUCCAAGCGCAGCAGCAACUGGUGGCUGAUGCAAAGGCCAUGGAGAGCCUCUACCCGCUCUCCAAACUGGCCUCGGAACACCUGGGCCUCACCCACGACAAGAUGGAUAUCCUGGGCCAACCACUUCCCCCGCCCCCACAGGCUCUCUCUGAUGUCCGCACCAUCGACCGCUACUCACCAAGUUAAGAUAUGCGAUAUCACCAAUAAGUCUGUGUGCACACACAAUUUGCAGUAUCCUUAAUUCAUUCACCUCAACUCAAUAUCUCCUCUGCACCUCAGACUCAGGCCAUAAACAAUUGGUCUGCUAAUGCACACCAAAAUGUUUAGACUGUAAGUGCCUUUCUAUGCAUCUAAUAUAUCUUAAAACCCUCCUUCCUAAAGGAGCUUUGUGCUAUUACGUGACCAAGGGACACUCACUUAAAAAUGGACAGUAUUUAUGUACAGUGUAUGCAAACAAACUCUUUUUUAAGAUUACAGCCAUUGAGCCAAAGCGACAAAUUGAAAACCAAAAUGAAAUUGUUUUAUUUAUUUUUUAUUAUGGUGAAAUCCAAAGAAAAAAAAAUGUCCCUGACCCUAAACCUGUGUACUAUUCAACUUUGUACAAAAAAAAAAAAAAGAAAAAAAAAAUAAAAA